AUUUGUGUACAUCUAUCUACCUUAGUACUUACACUCGUUUCGGUGGAGGCGACGAAUGGUCGCAGAGCAAGUCUCCGCGCGCCGACCAGGGAUAAACAUAUGGACCAUUAGACAUUCGGCGUCUCCAUCGUCACUGUGCGCAGUCGUGUUAAAUAUUUUAGUCGCUCUGCCGCCAGGCGCAGCGCAGCUGUCAUCCUUUUCCUGCGGCUUCCUCGCCACCGAAAGUCGCAGAUCGUACCUCUAGAGGCCGGGUAUUCUCAGCCGCGGCCAGUCGUGAUCGCGAUCGUGCCGGUGAAAGUCGUUCUCUCGUGAUAAUCCACCUUCUUCUUCCACGUUAACGUGAGAGCGUUCAAAAAUAUCGAAGGUCGCCGCCUUCUGCGUUGAGUGGUGACAUUGGAAAAUGCGCGGGUGAAAAUUUUCUUUUUCAAACGUAUUUCGACGACCGGUAUGUUGAGACCUUGACGGUAAUUAGUGCGGAUCGGUUACAUGCUAGUAAAGAUAAACAAACCCAGCGCUGGCGGAAGUGAAAGAGGACACCCUCCUGGCGGUGAGAGCGUAGGAGAGAACAAAUCUCUCAUCGUAGAACUAGCAGGCACGGCAGCAGCUACAGCAUCCAGUACAAGUAGCAGCAGCAACCAGCCAGCCAUCCAGCAGUGUGUUUCAGCAUCGUCGCGUGUGUGUGAAAAGUGAAAAUCUCCGCCGUCCUUUUGGGGUGAAAAACGUCGAAGGCGAAAAAUUUUCCUUCUUGUGGCAACGCAAUCGAGGAAAUUGGCCAUCCCGCCAUCAGGAAACUCGGGAUUUCGGUGUCGUGAAAAACGGGAAAAACUCCGGCAGGCGGGGAAAAUCUGUGAACGUCGCUUUCUACUAUCUGAGGAGUUCUGAGGCCAAGUCACUGCCCAUUUUGCGUAGAGAAGAAAAACUCGGUCGGGGCGUCGACUUAUGGUGGAGUCUAAUAACUCCUGUAACCUGCCAGCGAGGAUUUGGGCUGAAAUUGCCGAAGCGAAGAAUCGAAGUGAUUGAGUGGGGUUUUGAGAAUGCGGAUUUUGGUGUGAAUUGUGUAACUAUUCGGUAAUUGAGUGCUGCAAAAAUCGAAGGAAAAUGGAUGCAGUGCUGGAAAAAGGAUAACCGUGGAUCAGGGGUUUCUUCGUGGGGGCGUAAAAAAAUGUAAAAUCCUUUCAAUAGGGAAUUAUCGCAAGGAAAGUUUUGAAAAAAUGGUGUUACGCAUUAUAUUAUCAGCCAGAGAAGAUAUGGAUGACGAUAUGUCCUCCCGAUUGAUGACUAGUGAUGGCGGCGAGAAAAAGAAGAAGUAUGGUAUCAAUAUUUAAGAUGAGACCACCUCAGUGAGGCAGUUCAUGGAAAAGUGAAAAAGUGUUAUGCUUCAUUUAAGUUUUGUUGAAGAUAUGUUGAAAACUGGCAUAAAUUACGUAAAUUUGCUCCAUAAUGGCCAGAUGGACCGAUAUUUUGGCCGAAAUGGAGUCCACAGGAGCAAGUGAAAAUCGUAGCUGAAUUUGUACUCCAUAGCCACAUUUUGAGUAACGGGAGUAGCAGCAGCAGCCGAAGUCAUCGAAGGAAAAAAAGCGAUCAGAAAAAAGGAAGAGGCGGUGGGCUGGGGCGUGCAAGGAUUUUCUUGUAAGCCUCUCCGAAUUUCGAAAUCAACCGACAGGCUGUCUCUCGGCAGAUCUUCCCAAAUCAGAGGAUCUCCGUAUUCUUCUCGCGUAUCCUUCUACUCUCGCGUGGCUCCUGUCACUCUCAAACACAAAUGCAAUCGCACACUUACACACUCACACUUUCCGCGGAAUACAGUGAAAAGUGAGACAAUUACUAUAGGAUAUUCUACCGGAAUUAAGGAAAAAUAAAAACAACCAAUCGUUCCGUACAAAUCGAAAAUGCCAAAAACUACGACUUACCAAAUAGUUGCAUCUAGGCGCCGAAUGAUGAAAGUCGCACCAUUCAUUCUACUCUGUUGCUUGCUCAACCACUCCGUACUGGGUCAGCGUCCUCUAGGAAACGCCACGUUCGGAGCAGCACACAACUCCACGGGCGUAAUAAACGUCCUGCAGCCAUCGACCACUUCCACAACCAACGAACCGCCCGUAGAACACAUCCAACUCCCCGGGCAUAGAGCCGCGUCCAGCAAUCAGAUUGCCACCGACGAGGAAGACGAAGAAACACCAUACCCAAGCAUCAACGACAUCUCGUCGGAAAGUGGACACCGGGGCGGGGCCAGUCCCAGUCUGAUCCAGCAUGCCCGGAACAACAAGUACAUUCCCACGCCGACCACGGCCCAUCGUGGCAGCGGCGGCGGCGUCAAUGGCGGUGGAGUGGACGACCCCCACCAAGAUCGAAGGAUGCCGUUCAAUCCUCGGCGGUUCAAAGCGUCCAGUAUCGCCGAACUGCGGAAGCUGAACAAUCAGCAAAAGACACAGGAGCCGGCUGAAGCCCCGGAGCGGAAUGGCUCGGCGACGAUCUCCAGGGGUAGUGCCAGUGGACAGAAUCGGCAGAAUUUACUGGAUAUGCACUACGGGAAUUCGGUGUCAUCUCCCGGAUAUCGACGGCCGUACGAACAUUAUAAAACGCCGAGAGACGAUCCGCUGAGGGCCAUCUACGAGAGGAUCAAUGUGCACUACCCACAUCAGCAGCCAACUGCCCUCGAGAUAGACAACAUGCUCGGAGUGAUGUGCAACUUCGAAACCGAGUGCGCAUGGAAGGCGGACGAAGCGAACCCGAACAGCUUCCAGGUGGUAACCGGAGCAAACCUUACGGCGUCCAAUCGAACCGGCAUGAUGCCGGGUCCAAGUUCGGACAUCCUCGGAGAUGCCAAUGGGCAUUUCCUGCAUCUGAGGUUGACGUCAAACAGCACCCAGCACAUACUGACCUCGCCGAUGUUCGGUGCCACCCGGGAACACUGCUAUCUGGAGAUGAUGACCCACCAGAGUUCGAUGGGCCAUGGAACGUUGCGGAUAGUGAUCGAGACCAGCGGGAACCAGGAUCCGUCCUGGGUGCCGGCGGAAGUGUUUGGAAAUGAUUUGCGCAAGUGGCAGCGGACAACGUUUCGGAUCGAUCGGAUAUCGAAGGAUUUUCAGAUUCUGUUCGAGGUGGUGCCCAAUCGACUCGGUGGACGAGCGAGAGGGCAUGUCAGCAUUGACAAUUUAAAGCUGGUUAACUGUUUCCCGGAUGCAUUGAGCACGAAGAAUUGCAGUGAAUCCCAGGUGCAGUGCACGUCAAGAAAGUUGCCGGUUUGCAUCAAGACUCCGAAGAUUUGUGAUAUCACUGUUGAUUGCGACGAGGAAGAAGACGAAACGCUCAAUUGUGACAAAAUCCCUUUCGGAGGCCGUUGCGACUUCGAGAGCAACUGGUGCGGCUGGCAAAACUAUGGCAACGCCAUUUUAUCCUGGGCACGUCAUUCGGGACCUACGCCAACCGAAAAGACCGGACCGGAUUUUGAUCACACGUUCUGGCAACAGAGCAACACAACAGGAUACUACAUGUUCGUCAACAUGAACCAGCAUGCGAACGAUAGCGAGAAGAAGACAUUGGUUGGAUUGGCGAGCAACGCGAUUAUGAACAGUGUCAUCUUCAAUCCUCCUCCUCUGGUGCACACGAAUGCUUCCUCGCCCUUUCGAAACUCCUGUGUGGUCCGCUUCUACGUCCAUCAGUUCGGAAUGAACCCGGGAAGCAUAAAUCUGUCCAGUGUGGAAAUCAAGGAGAAGGAAAACGUCACAACGACCCUUUGGUGGAGUUCCAAGAACCUUGGUGAUGAUUGGCAGCGGGUUGACAUCAUUCUACCGAACAUCACUACUAAAUACUACCUACAAUUCGAAGCACGCAUGGGCAUGCGGAUCUACUCGGAUGUUGCCAUCGAUGACUUCUCGUUGAGUCCAGAAUGCUUUGGGCUCAACAUACCGGCCGAGCAUCUGGACGGGUACAAUUAUUGGGACCCGCGAAUCGGAGGGAUCAAACAGCCUCACAAAGAUUUUGUCGGGAAGUCAUAUAUCGAGCUCAAUACGUGCGGUGCGAAAGGGCAGCAAGGACCGACUCCGUCCGAUUGUUUGGCGUCGUACAACAACACCGAAGCGUUGAACGCCAUCCACGUGAUAGACAGUCUACCGUUCAAGGGCAUCCAGGCGUGGAAGGUCCCCAACGAGGGCUACUACACGAUCAUUGCGAAGGGUGCCGGUGGAGGUCUCGGAUCAGGUGGGGUGGGGUCGUCCAGAGGUGCGAUGGUGUUGAGCGUGCUGGAGCUCCACAAAGAUGAGGAGAUCUACAUUUUGGUGGGCCAGAGCGGCGAGCAUGCUUGCAUCAAAUCGAUGGGACUGCGGGACGAGACUUGCGAGCCCAAGAAUAAGCAAUACCCGAACGAUCUGUUCUUCUCGAAGACCCACCAGGUGAAGAAUACAGUGAUUGAGGACGGAGCAGGUGGUGGCGGUGGAGGAACCUAUGUAUUUUUGCUCAAUUCGGCCAACACAGCCGUUCCACUACUAGUAGCAGGUGGAGGAGGUGGUCUUGGAGUAGGUCGAUAUCUAGACGAAGAUAUUCAGCAUGGAAAAAAGUUUAUCCCUGGGAAGAAAGACGUUUCCGGGACAGCUCAUUCAGAAGCGGCACGACAUGCUGGACCUGGAGGAGGCUGGCGAGCGCAGGCCGACAUGGCGUUGGAUCCCAACUAUGGGGCUUCUCUUUUGGAAGGAGGUCGUGGAGGAGUUCCUUGCUACCAACCACGGGGAACCCAUGGUCAGGGAGGCUUCGGUGGAGGUGGUGGGGGUUGCGAUACUGGUGGUGGUGGCGGAGGUUACUCCGGUGGCGAUACGAUGAUCAACUCAACGAAUGGACAGGGUGGUAGCUCUUUUUUGGCCUCCAAGAGGAACGUACCGGAGUUAUCAAUGGAACAUUCUGGAACAAACAGUGGCCAUGGGGCGGUUCUUAUUAUACCGGCUAUAGAGGGAUGUGGAUGCGAUUAUCGUUGCGUGGCGCUCGAUGAGUACCGUUUUACAGUGGGAUGUAUCUGUCCAGAUGGCUGGACGCUCAAACCUGAUAACUAUACUGCUUGUGAAAUACAAGCUGAAAAGUAUGAUAUGAAGUACCUUAUCAUGUUCUUUGUAGCCGUUGUGCUAUUUUUAUGUGCAGCUCUGGCUGGUCUAAUACUCAUCUUAUAUAACCGCUAUCAACGUAAACGUCAAGCUGCUCUCCGGCACAAAAUGUUGCUCGAGCAGGAUCUACAGUUGAGUCGAUUGCGGACCACCGCGGACGACACUGGACUGACCAACUUCAAUCCUAACUACGGUUGUGAUGGCAUUCUGAAUGGGAACGUCGACGUUAAGAGUUUGCCCCAGGUGGCACGCGAGAGCUUGCGGCUUGUGAAGGCCCUUGGACAAGGAGCUUUCGGUGAGGUCUACCAAGGCUUGUACCGACAUCGUGACGGAGAUGCAGUGGAGAUGCCUGUGGCGGUGAAGACUCUACCGGAGAUGUCCACUGGUCAAGCAGAGUCUGAUUUCCUCAUGGAGGCUGCCAUCAUGGCUAAGUUUAACCAUCCAAACAUCGUGCACCUGAUAGGUGUCUGCUUUGAUCGUCACCCGAGGUUCAUUGUCCUUGAGCUACUCGCUGGUGGUGAUUUGAAGAACUUCCUUCGGGAAGGUCGCAAUAAACCUGAACGUCCAUCUCCUCUCACGAUGAAGGAUCUUAUCUUUUGCGCCCUGGAUGUGGCCAAGGGUUGCCGUUACAUGGAGAGCAAACGCUUCAUCCAUCGCGAUAUUGCCGCACGGAAUUGUCUGCUUAGCAGUAAGGGCCCCGGCCGGGUCGUCAAGAUUGCCGACUUCGGUAUGGCUCGCGACAUCUACCGUUCCGACUACUACCGGAAAGGUGGUAAAGCGAUGCUGCCAAUAAAGUGGAUGCCUCCGGAAGCCUUCCUGGACGGCAUAUUCACCUCAAAGACUGAUGUGUGGUCGUUCGGUGUGCUUCUUUGGGAGGUAUUCAGCUUGGGUCUGAUGCCCUACACCGGACUGCCGAACCGCGAUGUGAUGCAACUGGUCACCGGCGGAGGUCGCCUCGAUGCUCCUCCUGGUUGCCCUAACGCCAUCUACCGCAUCAUGGCCGACUGCUGGAACCCUACGCCCGAGGAGCGGCCAACUUUCUCGAACCUGCUGGAACGACUGACCACCUGUACCCAGGAUCCAGAGGUGAUGAACGCUCCACUGCCGAGCUUCUUCCGGCCGCCAUCCAACGAGCGUGACACAACCAUAAUGCGUCCGCCUGGAAACGACGACUUCUGCCUGCAAGUUCCCAAUUCGUCGGACUAUCUCAUACCGCUUCCGGGACCGAGAAGCGUAGCUGAACGGUUGCUCAGCGAAGCCACCGGUGUCACCAUUCCGGACACCAUGGUCACCUGCACUGCUCCGAAAACCGCGUCCCCAAGGAUGAUGAACGGCCCUCAGUCGCAACAUCAAGACGGAAACUCCUGGGAGACUUCUUUCAUCCUAGAACAUCCAGCGGUGGCGACUAUGGCAGCUACCAUGCCAACCCAGGAUACGACCAUGUUGGUCACCGAGAACGGCACCUUGGAAGUUCCCUGUCCAGUGGUCGACAAGCUGAUCUCGCUGGAUACGCCACAGCAGACGCCAACCAGUAUACAACCGCCCAUUUCGUUCAGCACUCCGAUGACGAACUCGAUUGGAACCGGCGGUCCGCUGAAUGGUAUGGUGCCGCACUGCAAUGGGCUGAGUGGGAACCCGAACGGUAACGGUGUGCUGCCGUCGACCCCGUCGCUGGAGCAGAUUGAAACGGCCAAGCUGCUCGGUAGCAUACCUCCGCCAAUCACGCUGGACCCGUCGACGUUGAACAAGCAGCAAAGCGGGUUGGUAGGAGGAACGUCGUACGCCAACAUCCGGAUGAUGAGCGCCAAUGCGCUGAACAAUGGCGACAUAGGCGAGAAGCUGGCUGGCGGGCGGGGUAACGGUGGUGGAGGAGGAAGCAUUGGGGUCGGUGGAGGCGGUAGCCACCAUCACAGUAAUAGCAGCGGGAGUGACAAGAGCGACAACCGGCCGACGGCGUUCACCAUCCAGACGUUCAGCGAUCGGUACAUCAACAAUGAGAACCAUUCGGAGAUAAGCUGUUAAGGUGUGGGAGGGAUGCGAUAAGGGAGGGUGAGGUGUUUUCUGGAAUGUAGGGGUUCAUGGGACGAAGAAUUUUUAGGAGUUGUGGGAAUCGGUUACAGUGAUCUUUAUAAGAAUCUGGGAGAUUGUUUGGUGUAGAUGCUCGCUUCCGCAGUUCAACUCAUCGCUCUUACCAGUCUGCGCAUCUACGAACUACUUCUUCAACCUAACAAGCUUUCAGUACAGCUUCCAUAAACUCUAGUCGAGGGGUGGAUUGACGUUUAAUCAGUACCACGUAAGUCCGAGGCAUCAACAAGCUGCAGUGGACGCUUCCGUCGAUGACCACUUGCAGGUAUGCUACACACCCGUAUCCGUGUUCGUUGGCAACGAUGAAGAUUUUUGACUUGGCGUCGCCGAUAUAGCCGGAUGAUUACGACCUCCGGCUGCAAACUCGUCCAGCACUUCCACAAAUCCAAGGAAUUUCUGUCGAUUUCUUAGUCCGAGUUGCAGCUAGAAUGCCACAGAAGCUGGACGACGAUUUUGGCGUGGAUAACGAACGGUAACAGCAAGGAUUGAAGAAGCCCAUGACGCAACUUGCUACGAUCCUUUUCGUCGGCCGCUUAGCCUCGUACAGGUGCGGCAUCAACUCGUAGCGGUUCAUUGUGGAGAACGUGAACUGGUUCGGGUUUGUAUUCCAGAAUACACCCAGGACUCUCCUUCGCCAUCUGUUUGUUUCAUCUGAAAUGCACCGGUAUCACCGGCUUCGUGGUUCUUCCGGCGAGUUGGGCACCCAGUUCAACAUUUUGAACCCGUCCAUUUUGUUGACAAACCGGACUUCCUGCGCUAGCUUCACUGGUUCACUGCCUCUAAUUCGAUGUCGACGCUGUCGAAGUAGUAAUCAACGUAAUGUUCACGUAUUAUGGUACCAACGCGGGAUAUUGGACGCCGAAUUCUUCGCCGUUUGGGAUCUUGUCGACCAAAGUGUCGAAAUAACCAUUAGGUUGAUUCGGCGCGGUUCAUCGGGUCCUUUCGGAAGACGAAACGUUGUUUCUGCUUGUCCUCGCGAAUCUGCAGCUGGUGGAACAUCUCUUUCAAAUCCCCACCGAAGGCGAUCCGUAAUUCGCAAAAGCCAGAGAACACUUUGACCAGUUGAGCCAGCAUAUCCGAGCCUGUUAUCAGCUGUGAGGCUAGGGCAACUCUCUGUACUGCCACUGCCGCAUCCUAGACAAGACGAACUUCAUCGGACUUCUUCGAGUUUCGACGGUACCACGUUGGGUCGGAGGGAAUUCCAGCCAGUUCGUGUGAGGCUUCUAGCAAGAUGUAAGUAUUCCUUCUUUUGGUACUCAUCGAUUUGCUUGCGGACGUUCCCUUUCAGCUUCGGGUGCUUUUCCAGCUGCUUCCUUAUCCCUCCUAAGAUGUAAGGUUUUUCGCACCACGAGGGCGUAGUGCUCAUUCAGCGUGCCUGUCUAGAUCAUAUUGACCCUAACAUCUUACUAGGGUUAAACGAAGCGCCAUUGGGUAGCUGUCCAGAAAUGGUAGAUUCUCCAUUUUCCACAGCAAACCUGUUUCGAAGCGAUCGGCAACGCGCUUGAUGGUUCGUUCCAGUAUUUCUCUUUUGCUGUUUCCUGCGGAAUAGUCACCAGUAACCCUUUCAGCGCGUAGUGACUUUUGAGCAGCUGUUGCAGGUCCUCGUUGGUUAUCCCAUUUUGAUACGAACUACAAUCGGUACCAUAGGCGUAUUCAUCUUUGCUUCUACCGGCGUGAACAAGUUGCUGUUGUUCGCCUUAACCAGUAACUGUCCAUCGUACGAGUUGAUGGGCAACCCUCGCAUAUGUUUGUAUUGUUCCGUGAGCUGCUGCGAUACAACUUUUGAUGUGGCAGCAUCAACUUACCGACCUUAUGAAACAUGUGUAACAACAUCUUGCUGCCUGUUGCGACGCACACAGGCUUUCUGUAUGGGAAUAUUCCACUCUCGAAAUGUUUCCCGUCCACCGGAUGUCCAAUCGCUCUUGUAUUGUGAUCGCGCUCAGACUGCCGGCAAGCCUUUUCUGCACCACCGCGACGGAAGCACCAGGAACGCCCGUACGGAAAUCGUUUCUUCUCUUGGAACUCUUCGGAUGUCACAGUAACUCUCGGAGCUCGGAACUCUCGAAAAUGACCGAGGUUGCAGCGGAUUUCGAACUUGCUCUGCCCACCAUGCCCGAUGAGGCAGACAUGGCGCAACUGCUCACGGGUCACCAGCUUCAAGUACUCAGCGUAUCGCAACUUCUUUAAAUCACCACAGUGUCCAUUAACCCAAGAGCGGUCACGUCGUAUACUGAGUACACGCAACAUGAAAAAUGCACCUUUGGGGUACACAGCUUGAGCGUGGUGUCGCUGAAGAUGCUUGAAGACGCGAUUGCUCGAGGGUUAACCGAUACAUCUUGCACGGUUUCCUCUUUUCGCUUGCGUUUGCAGCAGAACCGCUGGCUUCGCUGUGACAGUACAGUCCAGCUUUCUCCUUCGGCUUCAUCUUUCGGCUUUUUUUGGGGAACUGCUUUCGACGACGACUGUGGACUGACUUCACAGGCGUCUGUCCCGACGUCCAUCAGGAAUUCUGUCAACGUCCGCAGCGUUGUUCCUGAUCCGGCAGCUUGGCAACCAGAGACUUUAUCAGUAGCGGGUUGACGAGGUAUUGCCGUAGAUCCGCUGCCUCCAGAAGGCCGCAUAGUUGCUUCAUCGUGUUUCCAAAUGGAACAAAACUCCUCAAAUUACUCUGCUUCGGAGGUUCCAGCUGAUUCGCCUUGUCCAGAAGGCUUUGAAGCAGUUGCUCUGGGCGGCAGUAAUGCAAUGGCAUGUGAGAUGGUUUCGUGAAACAGUAACUGGGGCUUCUUAAAUUGCCAUCAAGUUCUUAUGGCUGGACGCUUUGUUGGUCGUGUAGAAAACGGGUCACUGUGCCGGUUUGCCGGUGAAUGUUGGGAGUUUGUAUGUUAAUUCCUUCCUUGCGGCCAGCUAGGACUUUGAUGAUUUGGUCUUUUGUUACCCCUAGUCUUUAGUGGCUGACACUCGUCGCGUUCUUGGACGUCUUACUUUCUCGGAACACUUUUCCUUACUCUUAUUUCCGAACUCUGGCUUGACAGAUCGGAAUCGUCGAAGUUUCGUCGUUCUCGUGUUAUGCUUCGGUGCUCUCAUAGUGUCACGUUAGCUUUCUCACGUUAUAAUUGAUUUUGCCGGAAGAACCCGUUCGCGACACCUUCUUGACAAUUUUCGGUUUUGACCUUUGAUACGAAAGUUUCGCCAACUAUUCAUCCAUGGCCGCCAUUUACAUCUCGCAUGACUCCUGGCUCAUCUUUAGCCACUGAAUCUGCUCCUUCUUCUUGGAGUAUCAACGCUUGCCAUGUCCUUUAUUCCUGUUUUUCCUCAGUACUUCAAUUCCAUCAUUCGCUGCUCGAACUCACGUCGCAUCCUCGUUUUUCUUCCUACGCAGCUGCAUUGCUGCAUCCAAGUCUUCUUACUGUUGCUUCUGCUUCUCUUCUAGUGAUCGCACCUUCGUUGAAGCAAGAUUUGUCAAACUCGUUGUCGUUUUUCCGGGUGCGAGCCUGCUUCUUGGCGUUCUUCUCCUUCGGCUGGUUCUCUCUGCUCUCUGCUGACCUUCUCCUGUCAUGUCUUGUUUUGGCAGUCAAUUCUUCGACAGUUUCCCUCCUCAAUGCCUACGCAACGGAUGUGGAAUCAUUCCGAGCAUCCUUCACAGUCCACCAUCACCUCAAUUUAGAUGAAAUAUUGAAAAAGAACUCUGCUUAGGACUACGUAGGACGCUAACUUUUGCUGAAAUAAAAGAGUGACUGAGAACUCCAUUCCAGAAAACACUUCACCAGCUCAAGAAAGAAGAUACGAAUAAACAACAAUGGGUUUCAAAGAAUUCAAACUAAACAUCUGCCUCUGGCAACACGAACACAUUAUUUUGAAAUGUCAAAACCGUUUCCCCAAAUAGGAAACAAACAGCUGCAUGAAAUGUGUCAAGAACAUGCUCGUGUGGAAUUAUCGAUAGGGUAAAACUGAUUGUAAAGAGAGAAGAAAAACGAGAGCAUAACUAGGCAGGUUAAUAAUAAUCAUGAUUAUAAACUAUUGGUGGCAUCACUAAUUUAACAAGGUAUUUCGUAACGAAAACUAGUGUACAUAUAGGUGAAAUUGUCGAAAAACAAAACAAGAACAGAAUAAGAACGCUAACACACUACAAUGCGCUACAAUGUGCUGCAGUGGUAACGGUGGUAGAAGUGAAAUGGAUACGAAGCAUAACCAAACCGCGAAGAAUACAUCAGCCCAAAACCAAGAAGCAGAAUGACAUCCAAUGACUGAGGUGCUACAAUACCUACUGAUGAACGCAAAACACGGAUUGGUUUCUGGGUUCCCAUGCAUGCGGAUUCAGAUCAAGACGAAACAAGAACGCUCGCAGCAAGAACGAGAAUGGACGGAUGGAUGUGAAUGUGUGCGUGCGUGUGAGAGCGCGAGAGAAUUUGGAUCCAUGGUUGAAUCACUAUUGUUUCGGAACUGUGCUCAAUUUUUUGUUUCGAAAGGCGCAAACAAGAGUAGGUAUUAAUCGGAUGAGUAGGAGAGAAAACUAAAACGCUCAUAAUGCCUGAUUUGUGUUUUUGGAUAAAAGUAAGAUUUUGACGUUUAUUGCUGCUGGAAUUAUUGUCGCUACUCAUUGUAUGCAUACGUUGUUACAGAAAUAAGAGGAAAUGAAUAGCUUUACCUUACGUUAAGUGUGAGCAAUCGCCAAGUAUGGUGGAUAGUUAAUUCUAAAAGUAAUCCGAUGAUAAUUUAAAAAACGAUUGCUAGCGGAAUCGGUUGGAAAAAGAUUUAAAAUAAUAAUGUUUGCUCAAUAUUUAUUCAGAUGCAACGUGUAAGCAGAAGAGAAUAGACAAGAGAAUAGUGCUUUUGAAUUGGAUUUGGUUUUGUUUAAGGCUGCUGACAUCGGGAAAAAUGUUCACCAGGUUAUGUAAUGUUUUCUCCUAGGUAUUCUUGGAUUUCAUUUAACGUUCAUUAUAGGGAUACAGCUUGUCGCGUUCGGUAUUUUUAAUUAUAGAAAUCUCAAUUGCUGAGCGUUCGGUAAUGGAUUUUUACCAAAAUUUUGCAAAAAAAUACGAAAUUCCGAUAAAAUAUUAUCAUUUAUCUGUCAUAUUCGGUAAAAGUGGAUAAGUUUAAAUCUGGCAACACUGCCACACUACCCAGUCAGCCAGUGAUCGUAUUAGAUGUUGCAUAAGAUGUCGAAGUGGAGGCGAUAUGCGUGCAUCUUACAUGCGCCUAAAUGGAGGCAUGCACGCAUAUGGCCUCCACUUUAUCAUCUUAUACAACAUCUUAUACGAUAACUGGUUGUCUGGGUAAAAACCGUGCGUGGUGAUGACGACAAUAAAAAUGGUAAGCUCUUGUCGAAUGCGUGUUAGUAUGAGAGCCUGACAAUCACAAGGAUCUUGGUUCGCCACCGGUCGCUCGCAGUAUUGUUUUAAGGUGCCAUGGUGAAUGUGAAACGUAGUGAAAUUGUACAGGAUUUUCUUUAAAAAAAUCACCAGGGAUUCUUUCAGAAAUACUUCGAAAGUGUCCCUCAGAAAUUCACAGAUAUUUCUUCAGAAGUUCUUUUAGGGAUUCUAUCACAAAUAUUUCGACGAAUUUCUUCAUGUAUUAUUCCAGGAAUUUCUCCACAGUUUGCUUCAGAAAUUGCUUUAGGGACUUUAGUCAAGAAAUCCUUCCAGAUAUUUUCCAAAACUUUUUGGAAUCUCCACAGGUAUCAUCUGGAAUACUUUUAGGGAAUCUAAAUUUAGAAACUCAAUUGGAAUUGCUAAAAAAUGCUAAAUUUAGAAUUGCUGAAAAAAAUCUCUGGAGGAGCCAUUGAAGGAAUCCCAAGAGAUAUUUCUGAUACAGGAGAAAUUUUAAAAAUAUCCUUAGUAGACACUUCUGCAGAAAUAUCUAAAGGAUUUGUUCGAGGAAUUCCUGGAGGGACUCGUGGAGAAAUUUUCGCAGCAUUUUAUUAAAAAAUGAUUAAAUGGAAUCUUAUGAAAAAAAAUCCAUGGGCGAACUUCGAAGGAAUCCCGUGCAAAAAAUCCUAAAGAAACCAUUAACAUACUGAAAGAACCCGUGGAGAUGUUGAUGAAGAAAUCGUUGAAGAAAAUUCAGAUAAAACCUUAGAAGGUAUUUUUGAAGAAAUCCCAGGGAAAUUUCUGAAGAAAACUCAGGAGCUAUUUCUUAUGAUAUUCCUGGAGGAAUAGCAAAGGCAACUUCUUGGGAAAUGGUUGGUGGAACGCCAAGACAAUUUUUUUAGGAUGCUUUGGUAGAGUUCCUGGAGAAAUCCUUCAAUAGAGUUUCUGGAAGUUUGUCAUAUUAAAAAUAUCCUGGAAGAGUCCGAAGAAUCUCUUGAGAAAUUUCCAAUGAAACUGCUGUAGAAAAUCCUAGGCAACAUUUCUGGAGAAAUUUCUGAAUCCCUGGGAAAAAUCCUUAAGGUAUUCUUGGAGAGAAUGGUGGAAGCAUUUCUGGGGAAAAUAAUGGAACUCCUGAAAGAAUACUCAUUUUUAUGUUUUGUGCUAACGUAAGAACUAACUGACAUUCACAAGACGCGACGCGAGACAAGACAAACACUUAUCGUUCUUACAAUCGUCAAAGGGUUUAAAAUUUAUUUUUUCUGUCGACCGGUUUCGGGCGCGAUGUUGCCCAUCUUCGGGACAAUGUCCGACAUUGUCCGACAUUGUCCCGAAGAUUUGUCUUGUCUCGCGUCGCGUCUUGUGAAUGUCCUGAAAGAAUGUUUGUAUGAAUUGCUGUACGAAUUUCUGCAGGAAUCUCUGGAGGAAUUCCUGCUGAACUUUCUGGCGGUUGAUUUCUGGAGACAUGCCUAAUUUCAGAUAGAAUCUUUGAAGAAAUUCCCAAGGUAACCUCUGAAGGAGUUCGUGAAUACAUGUACACAUUUUUGAAGGAAAUGCCGGAAUAUUUUCUUAAGAAACCGCAGGCUGAAAAAGUAAUCUAAAUAAAACGUUGAAAGAACUUCUGAAUGCGGAGAUGAAUCAAUCUAGAGCUGGAAAAUAAUACAGAAAUGUAAAAUUUCUGGAUCUCUAUAGAAAUAUAUCCCUGGAGAAACUCUGAUUCCUUCAGAAGGAUUUUCUGAAGGACACACUGGAAGAAUCUAUGAAGGUAUCUCAGGUCGAGUUUCAGCAGGAAUACAUCUUUAAACGGAUUGUUGGUUGAGUAUCAAAAAAAAUAUUAGGCAACUUCCGUAAAGAAUUUUUGAAAAAUUCAUUGCAAUCAUCCUACAAUAAUUUCUGAAGAUAUCCAUAGUGCAUUUUUUACGGAAUCCAUAGAAGAUGUUCUUAAAGAAUCUCUGAAGAUAUUUUUGUAGAAAACCUUAGAAGAAUUUCUUAGGAAAACUUUGAUGACUUUUUUAUGAAUCCCAAGGAGAUUAUCUCGAAGAAUCUUAAGGAUAAUCUUUAGAAAUUCUUAAAAUAAUUUUUAAUUGAAAUUUUGGAAGAUGUUUUAAAGAAAUUAUUUGCGAAAUUUCUAAAUGAAUUAAGAACUAUCGUUUUUUCAAAAUAAAUCGCAUAAAGGACCUACUGGAAGAAUUUAAGGAAAGAUUUCUGAAGAAAACCAUGAAGCUAUUUCUGAGGAAACUCAUGGAACUGUGGUGGAAUUUCUUUAGCAAUGCAUGGAUGACUUUAUUAUAAAAAUAUCCCUGAGGAACUUGCCAUAGGAGUCCAUGGAAAAUUUUCUAAGAAAAAUCACCAAACAGAGUUUUAUAAAGGAACUCAUGGAACACAAUUGAAAUGAUUCUAUGGAUUUUCUACAGAAACCUUUGGAAUAAUUCUUAAAAGGAUUCACCGAAAGAAUCUCUGGCGGAAUUUGAAGGUUUCGUGAAAGACUUCACUGGAGUAAUUUCUGUAGAAAUCCUUGAAAAACUUUCUGGAAGAAAUCGAUGGUAGAUUUUUUGAAGAAAUUUGAGAAGGGGUUUCUAAAUGAAUACUUCGAGAAAAUUCUGGAGGAAUUUCUCGAAAAAUUACUGCAGAAAUUCCCAAAAGAUUUCAGAUUAAAUUUGUGGAAGAAUUCAUGCACCACAAAAGCUCUGUAGUUCUUCAAAGUUGGAUUUCACUGCUGCAGAAUGCAGUAAAAGCUGUUCAGGUAAUCAAAUCAUUCGCUUUUUACCGUCUGUAAAAUGUUUGUUUACAGCUGCCUUCACCUGGGGAGGAUGCAAGCAAAUGUUUGCGUGGGUUUUCUGCAUAUUUCACAACUACAGAGAAAAAUUUCUUCGUAGCACUGUGAUGGUGUACUAUGAUCUGGUGGGGAAAAAUAAUAAUUGAAAUAUUGUCGUCGUUAUUCUAAAGUUACAUCCAUCUCAAUUUAAAACUUUCUGUUCAAUCGUACUUUGUAUAGGGAAGUGGAACCAUCUCGGCAGGGGUCCUAUUUUGGGCAUUUUUCUGCUAUAACUCAGCCAAUUCUAAACCAAUUGUCACAAUUUGUGAAACGCGAUGAGAUACGUAUAGUAUCUAGCCGUGUACAAAAUUUCAAGUCUAUUGGUUUGGAAUUGAUUGAGUUACAGCGAAAGAGUGCCCAAAAUACCAACCGCUGCCGAAGUGGUUCGUUACCCUAUUUAUGUGAUUUGAUUUGGAUUGCGAAGAAUUUGACCCAGUUUUCGAAUAAACACUUACAGCCAAAUAACAUGACCAGUUUAUGUACCAUUGUGUCACGUAGUUUUGUUCUGCCCGACGUUUCGGCACUUUGUAUUUGGUCUUUUUCAAGGGUGGAACUGUCUACCAUUCUUCGUUUUUGUAUAUUGCCACCUCGUGCAUAGGAGCUUCCUGUAUUCAAUUUUAAACAUUUGUACAUUUCUUUAGUAAAAAAGUGGGGACAAACUAUUUUUAACGACCGUCACUACACUGUUCAUUGAGAUAUUGUUCAACUGUUAUUUUGAAGAUGGUGUGCCUAGUCCACUGUCCGCAUAAACAGUCAAGUUUGACACGUCAUUGCCCAAUACAUCCAGCCCUACGGUCGCCAAUUAAUUAAGUUUUCGAUCGAAAUUCAGCGUAGACUGAGUUCCUAAACCCUUCGGUGGCAGCUCUUUCAAGUAUCCCUUUGCCUUGGACAUCUAAUUUUGCAGCCAAAACCCUCCUUUAGACAUUAGCUGCUCCAAAUCUUGCAACAACAAGGUGGCUUCCAGCUCGGAAUCUGUCCCAUCGACGUGAUUGUCCCAGGGGUGUAAGGUCCUAUCCUCUACGCCCACCCAAACAUGCCCACCUGCGCGCCAGCUACCGUAUUACCCCGCUAAUACGACACCGACUGUUGUCGAAUAACCGGGGUAAACUUUUAAUUCGACAAACUCGUCACCCAACACCACUUUGCUCAUUGAAAUUUGCCAAGUCUAUUUUUGUUUUUGUUUUGAUUUCCGGAUUUGUUAUGAAACAUAAUUUCUACAGAUAUUGCGGCCGUGUGAAUGAAAACUCGUUCUUUCUACGAUUGUCGCCUUCCUCAGUUCAUUCCGGUUGGUCUCCAGGCGGUUUGGGUGUCGAAUAGCACCAGCUCAGAACUUCCGGAAUGAGCGGAGAAAUCCCAGGAUAAAGUUUCUGGAGUAAUUCCUCGAGGAAACACCGAAGGAACUUCUGGAAGAAUCGUAGAAAGAUUGCCUUGAAUCAUCCCAAGAGUUUUUGAAGGAACCCCAGGAGAAAUUAUAAGAAAAAAAACCCUAGAAGAAUUAGGUAUUACAGUAAGAAUUCCUGAAUGAGUCCUGGGAGAAAUUGCUGGAAGAACCACAACAGGAAUCGCAUUGAAGGAUCUAGCUGGAACUCCUUCAAGAAAAUCAAGAAGAGCUUCUGAAGGAUUUCCAUGAGAAAUUUUUGGGGGAAUCCUGAGAUAAAAUCUAAGCUUUUCCAGGAGUUCUUCCGGUGAUUGCUCCAGGAACGUCUUCAGAGAUUUUAUUCAGGAAUUCCAGCUGGGAUCUUUUAAGCAAUUGCAACUGUAGUUCUGCCAACAAAUCCUCCUAGGACUCCUUCAAAAGCUCUUGUUUUCAUUAGUACCUUCAGGAGUUCUUCUAGGAAUUUCUCUAGAGAUUUCUUGUGGGAUUUAUUCAGAAAUAUUUGCUGGGAUUAUUUAAGGCAAUAUUUUGAACAUUCUGCAAAAAGUUCCUCUGGUGAUUCCUCUAGGAAUUCAUUUAGAGACUUUAUCGCGAGAUUCCUUCACUAGUUUCUUAUGGGAUUCCUCCAGGAAUUCAUCGAACAACUCUUCCUGCGGUUCUUCUAGCUAUUCUUGCUAGGACUCCUCCAGAAAUGCUAAUUGUGAAAGUUCAAAAAUACUGCUAGGAAUACUUCUAGAGCAUUCUCUUGGCUUUUUGCUGGGAUCCUGCCAGGCAACCAUCCUGGAAUUCUUGCCAUAAUUUCUUCGAUUGUUCUUUCUGGGAUUUUUCCAAGGAAUCAUUCAAUAAUUUCUCCAAAGAUUUUACCUAAAGAUUUUCCAGAAAGUCCUCAUGAAAUACCUGCAGAAAUUCCUCUUGUCCUUCCUCCAAAGAUACAUCAACCAACUUCUCCUGCGGUUCUUCCAACAAUUCCUCUCUCAGGAAUUUAGACUUUGGUACCUAUGGUUUUUCUAGCGAUUCCAAUAGAAUUUUAUCCUGGCAUCCUGGCUGGAUUAUUUCCGGGAAAUCUGCAUGAGAUUUUUUCAGCAUUUCCUCCUGGAAAUUCUUCAGGACGUUUUCUAUAAGUUCCUCCAGAAUACCUCUACCGGUUCUUCCAGGAACUUCUCUAGAUAUCCAGAUAUUUUUUCUGGGAAUUUUUCUUUGGAUUCCUUUGGGAAUUCUUGAGGCGGUUACUUUAGAAAGCCCUGCAUAGUUUCCUUCAGCAAUUCCUCCUAAAACUUCUGCCGAAAUUUAUACAAUGAUAAAUCCCUGAAUCCUUCUAAGAAUUCCUUCAGAGAUUUUUCUUAAGAUUCUUCCUGAAGUUCCUCCGGAGAUUUCUCCAGGUAUUUUUAUUCAGAAAUUUUAUUCAAAGAUUCCCCCAUAAAUUUCUCAUGGGAUUCCUCCAGGAGCUCCUAUUGGCCUUCCUGAAGGAGUUCCAGCUGGAUUCCUCAAACCAAUACUUUUUCCAACAAUCCCUCCCACGACUCAUCCAGAACUUUUUACUGUAAUACCUCUCGGAAAUCAUAUAGGGUUUCUACUUAUAAUUUCACCUGAGGUUCCUUCGAAAACUUUUGAGAUGAUUCAAGCCAAUCUUUCUACGAUUCUUCCAGAAGUUGCUUUGGUGUUUCCACGAGGAAUUACUACACAGACUGUGUCCUGGAAUAUCUAAGAAAAAUCCCAUGAAAUUCCUCCAGGAGCUCCAGUUGGGAUUCCACAUGCGAUUCCUACUGUGAAUGCCUGCUAGGACUCCUCCAGAAAGUUUUACUGUGAUACCUGAAGGGAAACUUCUAUAGAUUUCUCUUGACAUUCAUGCUGGGAUAUUUUCGGAAAUGCCUCGGGUGAUACUUCUAGUGUUUUUUCUAAUGACUAGUAGGUAUUACUAGAGAAUUUUCUUGUGAAAUCCCAUAAGGAAUGCUUGGAGGAAUCCUAAAAGAUGUUCUUUGAAUAUAUACCAGGAGGAAUGUCUAGAGAUAUCCCUGGAAGAAUCUUUAGAACUAUUCUGGAGAAAUCCAUGAAAGAGUCCCUGAAGGAAUCGCAGGCAAUCAAUUCUUAGAGGUAGGCCGAAACGAGUUCUUGAGGGAAUCCCAUGAGAAGAAAUCCAAGGCCAAAAUCUCGGAAGGAAUUCCUGGAGGAAUAGCCUGAGAAACUUCUCGGAGAAUCACUGGAAGAUUGUGCAGCCUCUAUUUAUUACGUAGCACUAAAAUCGAGAUUCUCUGAUUCCCUCCCCCCUCCGUAAAGCUUUUUUGUAUGAAAAUACUCACAAUUUUGUAUGGGCCGUAACGUUCGGCUGUACUCCACCCUUCCCCCUAAAGCGUUACGUAAUUUGUGGUCGACGCAUUGUCUUUAAUAACCUCACCAAGAAUUCAUGAAAAAAAACAAUAUAAAUCUCGAGAGAAAUUCCUAGAAGAAUUGCGGGAGGUAUCAUAGUAGGAAUUUCUAGAAUAACUCCUUGAUGAUGCUGUUUAUUUAUCUUACAAAAAUUGACUCCGGGACCACCGGAACCAAUUCCCGUGAAAUCCGCUUAUCGGUUCCAUAAUGGCCAAAAGUAUAUCGGAUAACACAAAACCAGUUCAGAAUGAUGUAUCUUGAAGAAUCACGAAGUUUGAGCUGUCGUAUGAUGGUAUUGAAUCAUUUUCAAAAAAUGACCCGGAACCGGUUCCCCGGAACAUCCGUAAAACUGGUUAAAUGGCACCAGUGACCAGGAUGGACUUCCAGAUAUAUGUUUCUAUCAUUCUAGUUCAUUUGGGUCUAAAAACUAAACUGUUCUCAUAUCGAAAAUACACUUUUUCCAAUAUGGCCAAUUCCAAUGACCCAUUUUGAUUCCGGAAUAACUCCGGAACCAGGUGGUCAUUCCAAAAAUCCCUGGGUAAUCCCUAAACUAGAAGGAUAUGCGCUUCAUGUCUCAAAAUUAUGUUGAAAAAUAUUGAAAAACAAAAAAAGUUAUAGCGAAAAAGUGUUUUUCCGCACUCUUGUUAGGGGGGUUGGUAACGGAGGGUUAAAAACGUUUCUGAGGGUAUUUCAAAAAAGUAGAAAGCAGAAGCAGGAGUAGCUUUUCACGUUUGACUUAAAAAUUGCCAGACAAGAUACUCCGAUUUUAAACUGUAUCGGAUCGUCUCAACUACAGAAGAAUUUCUGAAGCAAUUUUCCGAGAAAUUCUUGGAAAAAUCUCGGACGACAGAGGUAAGCCGGAAGAAAUUCUAAGGAAAGUUCAAGCAAGCUGGUUUGGCAGUCGUUCGACACGAUGUACCGAAGUUUUGCUGUGCGGAAAUGUCUCUAAUUCGAACGAAUUUCCGAAAGAAUCUCCUGAGAAGUUACUGAAAAAAACUGGGAGAAAUCAAAUUUUCAGAAAAAUUUUGGAAAAAUUAACGGGAAAGAUUUGGGAAGAAUUUAUGUAUAAAUUCUUGAAAACUCCAAAGGAGGUUUUCGUAGAACUCUCUAAGAAAUCUUCUUGGUGAUUCUUGAAAGAAAAAAAAAACUUUCAGAGAAAAUUAGAACAUAAGAAACAAUGGCUGUUAAAACUCACGAGAGAAUCACCACAGAAGUUUCCGAAGGAAUCUCCAGAGAAAUUAUUCAAUGAAUCUGGGAGAAACUCCAGAACUCACGGGACAAAUCUGGAAUAAAUCUACGAUAGAAGUCGGGAAGAAUGUCUGUAUAAAUUCUUAAAAACUCCAUAGGGAUCGCUGAACAAGUCGCUGACACAACUCUUAAAGAAAUCCCCUUAUUAAUUUCUUGAUGAAAAUCUAAAAAAAUCUUGAAAAAUCCGAAUCUUGAUCCAAUUACAUGAAACAUUCCCUGUAGAUGAGGUGAUCUCUCAGAAAUUACCAAAACAAACCAAGGAAGAAUUUUUGAGGUAUAAUUCACAGAAAAAUUAUAGCGGGAAUUUCUUCAAGAGUCCCUCACGGAUUACCCGAAUAAACCACUGCCAGGAAUUCUCUAAUAACUUUUGAAGAAAAAAUAUCCUGUUGAAAUUCCUGAAGAUUUCGCUAAGGAAAAACUGCAGAAAUUCAAAUGAAUUAAGAACUUAUUUUGUGAAUAGAACAAGUAGAAUUCCAGCAGGAACUCUUGAGUAGUAUCAAUUCAUAAACUUAUCUCCGGAGGUUUGAAAGCAAGAAACGGAGAAAUUCCACAAAAUUUCUGAUUUGGUUUUUGCAUAUUUCUAAAAUAAUUGCAAUAUUUUUUUUCGAAAAAUUCGUAAAAAAAAUCCUGCUCUAAACAUUUUUUGAAGAGCUAUAACGAAAGUGCUGGAUAAUUUUCUAGAUGGAUCCAAAUAAUGAUUAAGAAAAGAUUUAAAAUUGUUAGCAAUAAAUUUCUUGACAGAUUUCUGGAUCGCAGUAGAACAUUUAAAGCGGAUUCCAAUUCGGUAACCUGUUUUUAGGGUUUAAUCAAAAAUAGGCAAUAUGGUUCAAAAAGUGUUCCGAAAUAGAGUCUACUAACAGUCUGUACGCAUUAUCCAACAAGAAGAUUCUUCAAAAAAGCGCUCAAUUGAUCUUGUUUCCGGAUUUCAUUACUUGAUGAUGACUAGGAAGCAAUUAUAGCAAUUUCUAAAGAAAAAUACAAAGUUUUAGAUUUUUGUUUUAUUGUAUUAGGAUUCCAACAACUUUUUUUAAGUAGUUUCAAUUAGUCCAAAAGACUUUUUUUAAGUAGUUAGCCAAUAAAUCUUGAAUCAUUCGAAUUCCUAAUAUAUGGCAAUUUGAUGAUCUUCAUAUUAAGUCACCAGCAACGAACAUUUUUCCCGCUGUACAGCAGUUUUAGUUGUUGGAAUUUUCCAAAUUUGCUUCCAGUUAUAUACAUUGCAACUAAGUUGCUCAAGUAGCUGAACCAGAAUCACUGGGUUAUGUAGUGUUUGUGUAUAUGUUAAGUAAAACUCAGCCUGGCGCUGAAGCAGAACUACGUGAACUGCGAUCAAAUCCCGGUUGUCCGAGAAGAAACCAACCGAAGAGAUAAGAGUAUUACAUUUAGGACAAAUGCAAAGCUGGAGAAGAGAAAUGCGGAAAACACAUAUAUUCAGGUUAGUGAACAGAAUUUAAACCUAGCUGCUAAUAAAUACAAGAAAAAUACAUGUAAACAAGGUGGAAAUAAUUUAUUAAACCAAAACAAAUAAAUCGUAAGCAACGAACUAACUGUCAAGAAACAUAAACCACUAAAAACGCUCAUUAAAUGAAUGUUAAGUCGCUGGUUGGCAAAAGAGUGCGACGAAAGCAUUCAGUAUUUAAAUAAACACUUUCUAAUAAUCUACUUGAAUGUUAGGCUUAAUACCAAACACUAACAAAUGUCAUCAAACCGAAUGUCAAAGGGCAAAUAAAUGGCAAAUGGACAAAACAUAAAGCAGGAUGCAAAAAGAAACCGAAUAACCCUAAAACAAAAUAGUCAAUGUGUCUUUGUGAUGUACGGAUAACAGAAAUAAUGCAUUAAAAAACAUUGCCAUACAAAUUCAUGUACCACAAUUACAUAAACAUUUACGCUCCCUUCAUACACACGCAAAAGCAUGCGUAUUGUAAGAUAAACGAAAAAGAGCGAAACAAAAUGUCAACAACGCCACCCAUUUGUCAUUGUCAGUCAUUCUCAAAACAAAGCAUGCCAUGAUACGCAUCCACAGAAACAUACAUCCACUGAAACGUAAAACAAGCCAACGUGAAACCAGAAAGAUGCUUACACAUUUAAUCUAGCUCUAACCUCUACCGUGGUAAGUAUAGAGAGAACAAAAAAUAAAUAAAAACACAAAAGCAAACUUUGUACACAAAAUGCUAAUUAAUUUUGAUAGAAUUGUACAGGAUAAUCAGUUUACUAAGCGAGACACGGGAGCUUAACUUCCCGGCCAGACGGCGGUGGUGGAGCGGAAGUGACGAGAAAGGAAUUUUUAUAUAGAACAUAAAACAACUAUUUGAGGGAACCACAAUGACACUGAAAAAAAAAACAAACAAAAUCCGAUGUAAAUGCCAUACGUUACCACACAUUUUGUACCAAAAUAAAAUGGGAAACACAACACAAGUAUUGAAGUAAUAAUGAAGAAACACAUCCGCGGUACAUGGGGACGCCUAUCCCGGAUCCAGAUAUGCUUUAAAAGCAUCUCCAGCGGGCGGGGACAAAGAGUGUCCGUGUUCUUAAAAAAGUAUAUUAACAAUGUGGCGCUGGUUUUGACGGAAAAUGUCGAUAUCGUUUGUGUAUAUCUACUGGUAAAAAUUCACUAACAAACAAGCAACUGAAAAAGAACACGAUCGACACCUAGCAGGUGUGGAUGUAAAAAUUUUGAUAAUUUUAGCCAAAUUUUCAAUAAAUUUAUUUUUGUAUUGAAAACCACAAAAAACGAGAAAAACAAAAAGCAGCAAUGUAGGCGCACACAAGCGUGAUACACGCCAUAUGCGCAGGAAGAAGAAUUUUCUUAGAAAUCGAUUUAUUAGAAAAUCGAAUACACCAGUUUUUAAGUUAUUUCAUGAUGGAAAUAAAAAUCCCAUUUAGGAAAAAGAAGCCAAGUGAAAUAAAAUGAAGAAUACCAUAGAUAAAUUUAAAAAAACAAACAAACACAUUGAAAUCAGUGUUUAAGUCAGGUGAGGUGAAAAACAUGAAUGCUUUAAUUGAUAUAUGUAUAUACAGAAACAAACCUAUAAAAAAAACCACACACGAUGUCAUGACAAGAAUUAACGUGAAAAUAAACACGCAAAAAACACAGUGUAAGUUAAAAAAAAAACAGAAAAGAAAUAUUAAUGUUAUUUAUUUAUUGAUAUUUAUGUAUAAAAAAAAACAAAAGAAAAUAAACCAACAUAAAAUAACACUACAAAGAGACCCAAAACAAAACCGAUAGAAAAGUGCGAUGCAAAAAGAAAUGAACUCAUCCAUUCGACUACACUGCAGCAAAGCAAAAAAAAAAACGAAAUACAGGAUAGGUUUUGACGCGUUGGAAAACCGCUGUUGAGAGAACCACGCGUGAGUGAAAAAAAAAAUCAAGAAAUGUAGGCGAGAAGAAUGAUUAUAAGCGAGCAAGUGAGGGAAUGUACGACAGAAAAUGAAAAAUAAAACAAAAGUGAUGGAAAUGAAAUCUUAUCAUACAGACUAAUAAAUAAUAAUGACGAAACGGU